AUAAAUGAAACUGCGCACUUCUUUCCCAAACAGUCUUCACUGUCCUUUCCAGGCGACAUAAUAUUAUAGGAACUUACAGUGUAAUUAAGUGACGACGCGACGUGUCGUAGGUAGUGUGGACGCUUAGUGUGAAAGUGUUAAACAAUGUGGUUAAUCGAUUAUCUGAAUUAGGUAUGGAAAUAAAAAACAGAACUAAAUCGGUACCUGCGGGAAUUAAUAAGCUUUACAUACUUUAUAGAGAAAAGAAGCGAAUCAUGGCUGAGCUAAAAGAACUGGAGGGUGCCACCACCGCCAACAUGGCGACAGAGCAACCUCGGCAGAAGAGGAAAUAUGUCAAGAAACAGAAGAUAACUUCAUCGUACAAACACCUAAUAAGCGAUGAUGAUAAAAAGCUCCUGCAAAGGAUUGGUCUGAAUCCUUACGAGGUGAUAUGUGAAAAAUUAACAGUCCAAGGAAAUGGAUCGUUUAAUAAACUGAAUCGGCAGAUGCCAUUCGACCCCCGAGGGAGUGCCGAGCCCGUGGGGCCUACGAGAGAGCCUACAAAGAUGUCUCACCAACACAAGCAUCCUUCAGAAACACAGAGAAUGCAAGCACUACAACUCAACUUACUAGUCGUAGAUUCCCUGCUUCGGGAAAUAGAUGAAAACACGUCAACAAUCGAGAAAAAUCGAAUCCUAAACAAACUGCGUCGCCUGAGGAAAAAGUUAGCAGUUAUAGAAAAUGAAGUAAGGACCAAAGGGAUAUGGAGUUUGUACAAUCAGCUCGCUGAGUUUAAAUUGAAGAUUAUGGACAAGGAAAUAUUGGUAGAUCCACACCAGAACAGAUCUAAGAUGUGGUACAAGGAAAGAUGGAAAGAUAUGUACGUACUGGGCAGGGUCGACGAAUUGCAAACAGAGAGCGAAAGAGUGAUAAAAACCCACAUGGAAAAGAAGCGAUCGAAAAAAACGCGACGAAUCGUCAAAAAUAUAAUGGUAACAAAACACUCCUGGCUUCGUUGCGCAAUGGAUCAGCACGGUGCACGCGGCAGCAAAAUUUUUCCGAUAAAAGACAAAAUGGUUUGGUGUCCAGAUGCACUCAUGGAAGACGAUGACAUGGAUGAUCCUAUUACCCUGGUACCAGAUGACAUGUCCAAACUGCUUCCUGCUGGCUCAGAGGUUUAUUCUCCUUCCAAAACCUUAGAUGAUACGGGCUUGCUUCAUCAGCGUGCUGAAAAUAAAGCAUCUGAAGAAACAGUUCAACAUACGUCGUAUGCUGAAAAAAACUUCUUGCUGCCGGUAACAUUUUUUGAUAUUGCUCGUAAUGUGCGGCUGUUAACGGAAUGUCGACCUCUUACUGUACAAAUGGUCGACUAUGUAAAAAAUCCUCAAUGUAUGAAAAAACAAGUAAGCAAGAUCAUUUGCUCCACUAGACAGAUAGCGCCGUAUAAAAAUAAUAAUGCCCUACAAGAUCUUGUCCAUGGUGAGAUGUCCACAAAGUCAUCAUUUGACUGCGAUUUGACUGACCCAUGCAAGAUUUCUCCCAUAGAAGUCAGUACAAAGAACCCUGAAGAGUACCAGCAUAUAACAAGCACAACUCAGCCAUUGAAUGAAAUCAAUAAUGAUUAUAAAACACCAGGAAAUUUCAAUCUACGAAGUAAAAUCCAGAAAAGAAAACCUGGACCAAAACGAUUCACUCACGUAGAUUUUAAAAAGAAUCAGGGUCUAGUCGGUUUAAAAAUAAUUAGAAAAAGUGAAUUAAGUAUUCAACAAGUGAAUCCCACGGUAACACGUGUUGGUACUGCAAGUAGCUGCGGGACCGAAAACAACUACGUAAAACAAAAUUGUAAUAUUGGACCUACUAACCCAACUGCUAAUAAGGAUAUGCCUAGUUUAGACGGUAAUAUCACAUCAGAUUCUUUUCUGGGACGCGAAAAUGUGCAAAAACAUGAUAAACAGUCAACACCGUCAUUCUUAAAUGUAAAUCCUGCAAACCAGCUGAAAGAAAAUGUAAGUCUAAGUAUUAAAAAAAUUACGAGUCACUCCGGAACUCAAAAAGCUCAAUCAAUAAAAUGGAAAGGCCAGUUUAAAGAAGGUACGAGUUAUCCAUCAUUUAUUAAAGUUCUUAACAAGGAAACAAAUGAACUCAAAAAUUAUAUCGACGACCCAAAUAAAAGUGUAAAACAGAAAGUUGCUAGAAAAAUUAAAAACAUGAAGGGACUCAUUCAUGUUCAUGGAGAUGUUUUUAACACAAAAAAUACUAAAAAUGUUAAAAUUAAAAACAGCGGUGCUCUCAAAAAUAUGUCUAACCCGAUAACCAUAAAAGAAAAACCUAAAAGUAAAAUUGAUAGACAUAAGAAUGUUGGUGAGAGUAAUAAAAAUACACAAAAAAAUAAAAAGCCACCACAAAUCAAUAGAAAUUUUAACUGUACCGUUUCAAAUGACAAUGAUAAUACGUUGCCAGCUAAGAUAGUUCCGGCACAUACAUCAUAUCCGCCUGGUUUGUCAAAUGUAGAUAUUGGUAGUAUAAAUAAUAAUAGAUCUGCCGUAAUAGUCCCCAAUCCACAGAUGAAUGAUUCUCCGGCCGAUACUGAGAAGUGUAAUAGAAUAGCUCUCAAUAAUAACAAAGACUUUUCUCAAGCACGUGCGGCAGAAGCGUCUGAACAUUGUGCUCCCUUUAGUCAAGUGCCUGAUACAUCUCAUAAUAGUUUUUCUCUCAAACGAAAGUCCCAAUGUCAAGAUUAUACUUCCUCAGCGAAAGGUGCUAUUUCAAAAAUAGGCAAUAAUUGUGGUCUCCUAACAGUCCUCUCACAAAAAGAUUUACCCAAAAUGGGAGAAACUGAUAGUAUAAAUGGUAAUGCUAACAAUGUGGCAAAGCUAUGUGAACUAAAAAUUAAAACAGUUUCGCAGAUAAAUUAUAAAAUUGCCAAAGAUUUAUAUAAUCAAACUUCUCAUAACAUUAUACAAACUAAAGAAGUUGUAACUCCGAACAUGAAAACCAAAGGAGAGGCAAAAAAUGAAGUAAAAUCUGUCGUUAAACCCUGUCAGAACAUGAAUCCUGAGUCUCAUGCUUCUACCGCUCAAGAAAGUGUAACGGUGGUUGGCAAACCUAUUCAAAGUGUAACACGAGUUUACAAUAAAGUAAAUCCUCAUCCAGAUCCUAAACAGUAUGUAUCAUUUAAUGUCGCACCAUUUCAAUCACAUUCUGAGUCAAACCGGGAACUUAUAAACAUGGGACCUUUGCCUACAACGACUGCAGGUAUUUCUGAACAAUCAAUACCUAAAGUGGAACGUAAUGAUGGUCAGUUACGAUCUCACAACAACGCACAUCCCUCGUAUAUUCCAAAUUAUGAGACUCCAACUCAAUUUGGUAAUGUUAAUAUUUUAAAUCCGAACUAUGUAAUGCCUGAGAGCAAUCAAAAAGAGUAUUUCGCUAAUAAGGUCCAUUAUUAUGAGAAUACAAAUUCAAAUGCAAUACCACCUUAUCAAAUGCGUACUGAACAAUUUCCUUUGCAACAUUAUGGAAACUAUAAUUAUCCUGAAUGGACACAUCGUUUUGAAGAAAAUUUUGCCAAUACCACAUGGCAGCAGCCACAGUUGGCUUACAGCGCGAAUGCAGUGGUAAACCCAGCCGAACGAUUCAAUAACGAUUACAUGAAUCAGGGAAACAUGAACUACUGUCAGCCACAGUUUUACGAUAGUCGUUUUUUGCCGCCGCCGCCGCCGCCUCCACUAUUGCCGCCGCCGCCGCCGCCACCGCCACCACAGCCCAAGCUCAACACAGUACCAGUUCCAAGACGUGCAAACAUUAUUAAUCUAAUAGAUGUGCAAAGCAUCAGUAAUGAAAAAACGCAAAAGCCUGAAAAAAAUAACGUAAAUAAAGGAACUUUACCUCAGCCUAAUUUUCCUUCUAAAGAGAUGAACAAGAUUGUGGUAAUAGGUAAAAACAAAUCGCAUAAAGAAAUAAGUGUUCCAAAACACUCGCCCUGUGAAGUAAAAAGAAAUUCAAGUGGAGAUUGUACAACUGCCGGCCAAAACCUACGUAAAGUCUGUGGCUUCGAUGAAAUAAAACCAACUUCGGCCGUACCUAAAAAAUACUCACCGCCUAUAUUGCCAAUACCAUCGGUACAAAAAUCUAUGGAAAUAUUAUCGUUGUUACAUAGUUUGACAAACAAUUUUCAAAAUAAUGAUGCAUUCAGAUCGCAAGUAAGUCCCAAAAUUAAUCAAACAAAUCCACAGGGUAAUAAAAGUACAAAACAAAGCAGUGUUGUAAAAGUUACCUCAGAACCGGUAAAAGAAAAAACCAAAAUGCGUGAAUCUUUGAAAGAUGUUAAAAAAAUAUCCUUAGACGAGUAUAAAAAGAGGGCAAAAAAUUAUAAAUUUAUCGAUUUAACUGGUGAUGAUGAGACCACGAUGAAAAACUCACCAAUUAAAAAAGUAUACGCGACGAAUAAUAAUAAUAAGCGCCAAAGCGUAGAUUCUCAAGAUUUAGGCUAUGAUUCUGAUAGUACUAUUAAGUUAUGAAUGGCUUACCAUGACACGAUGAUAGUUAGAUAGAAUAAAAUUUGUUAUACAUAUAAAAUAUUUUAUGUCUGUUAGCUUUUUGUAUUAGCCAGAUAAACAUUAAUCUGUGAAGGUUUUUAAUUUAAUGUUAAUGACGAUGUAACUGCAUCUAGUUUCGAAUGAAACAAACUUACUGACAUUAUCAUCCAAUCCAACCAUACAACAAUUAAAUAGAGUGGGACUUUGUGUUUUAGAUAUUGUUAUUGAUAUACUAGACAAGCUCUAUUAAUUAUGUAUCCUCCUAUCAUACAUCUGUCUUGGACUUAGUGAUUGUCAGCUUAUUGUAUAGGGUAAAGGCGGGAUAGAUGCGCCAGUAGGAUAGGUUACAAAACAACCGUAUAACUAAAAACCGCAAGCACCCAGCACCUCGGGAAGCCAGGCGCCCCGUCGGGUGCUGACGUCGCGUUUCGCUCGUAUGUGAAUUCAUCUCCCAUACAUCUGUCUUGGACUUAGUGAUUGUCAGCUUAUUGUAUAGGUACUUACUCCGAAAGUAUUAUAAACUUGACUCAUUUCUGUAUUUUAAGAAUUUAUCGAAUUUGACAUUACAGUACAAUUUUAUAAAACAGCUUUAAACGAGCAAGUUGAAUAUGUACCAUAAAUUACCUAACUCGUUGUUCUAUAGUAAUAUUAAUAUUCAUAAGGGCAGAUUUUUCAAUGGUCAUACGAGUAUAAAUGUCACCUGUCGAAUAAAAUUGUUGCUGUCACUUUCUGAUACAAACAUUCAGAUGCGACAGUAUGAGAAUGAUUCUCAGAUAACUUUUAUCUGGCUAUUGAAAAAUAUGCCCUAAAUGUUAAUAAAUGCAAGCAGUUGUGUUUUUUCUAGAAUUUUUGUUAAGUUUCAUUUACUGCUCACUCAUUUACUCUUUUGAAGUCAGCAUGUUAUUGAAUUUUAUGUUUUCUUUAUCUAUAUCUACACAUAAUGUACUAUGCAUGUAACUAUGGAAGAACAUAAGUAAAUUUUCUUACCUAAUUUAUAUUACUUACCAAAAAGUGAGAAUACAAAAUGUUUAUCAUGCUUAUUUUAUUUUAAGAAAAGUAAUUUUGAUAUUUUUAAGAUAUACUUACUUCAGAGUUUUUAAAAACGGAUGUGAAUAUAAGUUAUGAUCUUCUUUCAAUUAGUGACGCUAGCAUGACAUAUCCUUAGCCGUAACUAGUAGGUAGGUAUGGAUGAUAUUAAAACUGUUUAUAUAUUUUUUGACUUUGCCAAUAAUAUGACAAGUGUACACGACAAAAAUAAUUUGUUAUUGUUAUGGUUAUGCAUUGUAUCUUUUUUUGACUAGUUCUAAGAAAUUUCCAUGUCACAUAAUAUGGUAUGGAUUUAGUAAGUUAAUUUGUUAAAAUACCCAGUGCGGUAAGCUAUUUACCAAAUGUUACAUACUUUAUUUUUAUAUUAAAACUAGUAUUUCUGUUAA